AUGUCCGCCGAACCGGAUCAUGUCGAGCACAAGAAGAAGGUGAACUUGAACGAUGCCUCUGGAUCUGAGGCCAAGGCGGCCGAUGACACCGCAACGGCUAUUCUCAAGAAGAAGAAGAAGCCCAACUCUUUAAUGGUUACCGAUGCCGUGAAUGACGAUAACUCGGUCAUUGCCUUGUCCAACAACACCAUGGAGACAUUACAGCUUUUCCGUGGCGACACUGUUUUGGUAAAGGGAAAGAAGCGCAAGGAUACAGUUCUUAUUGUUCUCGCGGAUGAUGAUUUGGAUGACGGAAGUGCACGCAUGAACCGUGUUGUUAGACAUAACCUACGCGUCAAGCACGGUGAUAUUAUAACCGUCCAUCCAUGUCCGGAUAUCAAAUAUGCCAAGCGUAUUGCAGUUCUGCCCAUCGCCGAUACCGUCGAAGGUCUUACUGGUUCCUUAUUCGAUGUUUUCCUCGCCCCAUACUUCCGCGAAGCCUACCGACCGGUCCGUCAGGGAGAUCUUUUCACAGUUCGUGGUGGUAUGAGACAGGUGGAGUUUAAAGUCGUGGAGGUUGACCCUCCAGAAUACGGUAUCGUAGCACAAGACACAGUCAUCCACUGCGAAGGCGAACCGAUCCAGCGCGAAGACGAGGAAGGAAACUUAAACGAAGUUGGUUAUGAUGACAUUGGAGGAUGCAGAAAACAGAUGGCACAGAUUCGAGAGAUGGUUGAGCUGCCAUUAAGACAUCCUCAGCUAUUCAAGUCCAUUGGUAUUAAGCCUCCUCGUGGUGUUCUGAUGUUCGGUCCUCCAGGUACUGGUAAGACACUCAUGGCUCGAGCUGUGGCAAAUGAGACAGGUGCCUUUUUCUUCUUGAUCAACGGUCCGGAAAUCAUGUCGAAGAUGGCUGGUGAGUCCGAAUCGAAUCUGCGAAAGGCAUUUGAAGAGGCCGAGAAGAACUCCCCUGCAAUUAUCUUUAUUGACGAGAUUGAUUCCAUUGCCCCAAAGCGAGACAAGACAAACGGAGAAGUCGAGCGCCGUGUCGUUUCUCAACUUCUUACCCUUAUGGACGGAAUGAAGGCACGAUCGAAUGUUGUUGUCAUGGCUGCCACCAACAGACCCAAUUCCAUCGAUCCUGCUCUUCGUCGUUUCGGUCGUUUUGACCGAGAAGUUGAUAUUGGUAUUCCUGAUCCAACUGGUCGUCUCGAGAUUCUCCAAAUUCACACCAAGAACAUGAAGUUGGGCGAUGAUGUUGAUCUAGAGCAGAUUGCAUCGGAGACUCACGGUUAUGUCGGUUCUGAUAUUGCAUCCCUCUGCUCGGAGGCUGCUAUGCAACAGAUCCGUGAAAAGAUGGAUCUCAUUGAUCUCGAUGAGGACACCAUCGAUGCCGAGGUUCUCGACUCUCUCGGUGUCACUAUGGACAAUUUCCGCUUCGCUCUUGGUGUCUCCAACCCAUCUGCCCUUCGCGAGGUUGCAGUUGUGGAGGUACCAAACGUCCGCUGGGACGACAUUGGAGGAUUGGAGGAAGUCAAGCGCGAGCUUAUCGAGAGUGUCCAGUACCCAGUCGACCACCCCGAGAAGUUCCUCAAGUUUGGUCUGUCUCCAUCUCGCGGUGUCUUGUUUUAUGGCCCUCCUGGUACUGGUAAAACACUGCUUGCGAAGGCUGUCGCCAAUGAAUGUUCUGCCAACUUCAUCUCCGUCAAAGGCCCUGAGUUGUUGAGCAUGUGGUUUGGUGAAUCUGAAAGCAAUAUCAGAGAUAUUUUCGACAAGGCUCGCGCUGCCGCACCUUGCGUUGUCUUUUUGGAUGAGUUGGAUUCCAUUGCUAAAUCACGUGGUGGGUCCGUUGGUGAUGCUGGAGGAGCAUCUGAUCGUGUUGUCAAUCAAUUGUUGACUGAAAUGGACGGUAUGACUUCAAAGAAGAAUGUCUUUGUUAUUGGAGCAACCAACAGACCUGAACAGCUCGACAAUGCCCUUUGCCGACCUGGACGUCUCGAUACUCUCGUCUACGUUCCUUUACCGAACGAGUCAUCUCGUGCAGGUAUUUUGAAGGCACAGCUCCGAAAGACACCUGUCGCUGAUGAUGUUGACCUCAACUACAUCGCAUCUAAGACUCACGGAUUCUCCGGAGCCGAUUUGGGUUUCAUCACUCAACGUGCGGUCAAAUUGGCCAUCAAGGAGGCAAUCUCACUGGACAUCGAUCGCCGCAAGGCACGUGAGGCUGCUGGGGAGGAUGUUGAUAUGGAGGACGAAGACGCUGAGGAUCCAGUCCCACAAUUGACAAAGGCUCAUUUCGCAGAGGCCAUGUCACAAGCACGACGAUCUGUAACUGAUGUCGAGAUCCGCCGCUACGAGGCGUUUGCUCAGAGUAUGAAGAGUUCCGGCCCUGGUGCGUUCUUUAAGUUCCCAGAGGCCGGGGAGGCGGCGCCUGCUGCGAACGGUGGUGCCGACUUUGGAGACGCUGCCCAGGAUGACAGUCUCUAUGACUAA